UUCAAUCAUAAUUAAAAUAAUUUAUCAAUUCAAACUUAUUUUUUAUCCGAAAUUAGUUUUCUUAUUUUGGAGAUGAUCAAAAAGUCCUGUCUGUUCCUGUCCGAUCCUGUCCAUUCCUGUCCAUUCCUGUUCAGUCCUGCGUGUCGUCAAUGUAUGCAUAGUGCCCAUAUGAAUUCGUUUCCAAGAAAUUUUGUUGCUAAGGACGGGCGAGUGCUCACAAUUGAUGUGGCUCGAUUAGAAGAAUUGGCGGAAGUGGUUGAAUUUAGGAAACAUCACUUUAACUCAAUCUCACCUGUCUGUUACUUGGUCAACGAUAGAAAUAACGAAACAAUCGAUAUAGAUAAACGUGUCCGUGAAAGUACGCACAAAAACUUGUCCGGCUGCGAGAAAAAUCCGAUAUCGUUGACAAUGCGCGAUUCGACUGGCCGGCUGGUGGCUGUUGCACUAAACAAAUUAAUCGAAAAAUCCGAGGCCGAUGAUCCAGCAGGUCUACCACCAGCUCAAGAAAAGCCACGACUGAUUGUGUCGCUACUUGACGACCUCGAACGAGGCAUUGAUCUGUUUGCGACUUACAACACCGAGACAAUUUUCGAACUUUGGAUAUUGUCAGUCGACAAAACGUAUGGCCAAUUGGGCCUGGCAACAGAGUUAACGAGGCUGUCACUCGACUUGGCUAAGGCCAACAACGCCGGAGCUGUCAAAUGUUUGGCGGUGAGUCAAUACAGUGCCAAAGCUGCUGCUAAAAACGGCCUGGAGACGAUCCGGACCAUUGAUUACGCAACUUACGAAUUCAACGGAGAUAAACCUCUGGCCAAUCUGACCGACCUGCAGGAAGAGCAUCCCGUCGCACGUCUAAUGGCACGUCGCAUAUAAAAUAGUUUCGCACUCGCCGUGAUCAAUCUCUAAAUGUGUCGCGC